UCCCACUUAAAAGUUAAAACCCUAAACUCAAAACUUCUAUCAAAGCAAAACCGUGCCAGAACAAAGAUGUUACAGUUCGUGCAGUCCCUUCGUAUCAAUUCCUUUGCAAGACUUCGCUUCUUCUGUCAGAGUGGAAGAAGAGAUGCAAUUACUUAUAUUGGAAUGAAUGCCCGCUCUCUUUCUUCUGUAGUUCAUGUUUCAGAGUUUGAACAUGAUGAACCUCUUGAUGAUCUCAAAACAAUAGAGAAAGAUAAUGCACUCCGUCAAGCUCUCUCACAGCUUUCUGGUGAAUUUGGUAAAGAAUCUAUGUUGUCUUUGAAGCGUUUUUUCAGCUCACGACGUGCUCCUGUAAUAUCUACAGGCUCAUUAAAGCUUGAUUUAGCACUUGGGAUUGGAGGAUUACCAAAGGGAAGAAUUGUAGAAAUAUUUGGGCGAGAAGCAUCUGGCAAGACUACACUUGCACUUCAUGUUAUCAAGGAAGCUCAAAAGCUUGGAGGAUACUGUGCAUAUCUUGAUGCAGAGAAUGCAAUAGACCCCUCCCUUUUGGAAGCGAUGGGUGUAGAUACAGAAAAUCUUCUGAUUUCGCAUCCUGAUUCAGCUGAAAAUUUGCUGAGUGUGGUUGAUACGCUGACCAAAAGUGGGUCUGUAGAUGUAAUUGUGGUUGAUAGCGUUGCAGCCCUUGUCCCUCAAUGUGAAAUUGAUGUCCCUGUAGGUGGUGUGUAUCGUGAUGUACAAUCAAGAAUAUUGACACAAGCACUCCGAAAAAUUCAUUAUUCGUUAUGCCAAUCUCAUUCUGUUAUCAUUUUUCUUAAUCAGGUUAGGUCAAGUGUAAAACCAGGUCAAGUUUUUGGACGUUUUGAUGAGGUCACUUGUGGUGGAAAUUCAUUGAAAUUUUAUGCAGCUUUACGUUUAAGAAUGAUGAGAACAGGAUUGCUCAAGACUGGAGAUAAGAUAACUGGUCUUGGAGUUAGUGUUCAAGUGGUUAAAAAUAAAUUGGCACCGGCAAUGAAGAAAUCUGACUUGAUGAUAGAGUUUGGGAAAGGCUUCUGUUGUGAACCCGAGGUUUUGGAAUUGGCUUGUGAACAUGGAGUCAUUGUAGAAGAAGGAAAUAACUACAUGAUAGAAGGGGAAGUUUUCGGUGAUAGAUAUUCAGCUGAACGACAUUUGAUUGAAAAUGAAGAGGUUCUUGAUAACAUAAUUACAAAUUUAAGGAAACAUUUGUUUGAAAGGAAACGAUUGUUAUGACAGAUCCUUGAUUAGAUGAGCUUAUCUCAAAUAUGAUAAUGGAGAACAGAAUACAGGUCCAUUCAA